CUGACAGCCAACGCCACAGCCGAGCUGAUAAUGGCUGCAGUUGAGGUGGCACUUUCUGGGCGCCGUGUUGUUUGGACUCGCUUCAAACUGCCGUGAACACCCCUCACGUCCGCGGCGGAGGAGACGGGCUUCAACUGAAAGGCCGUCGCCUGAGGUUUCAGCCGUUUGGCGGGGAUAUAAUGUCGCUUCAGCCGCUUGUCUUUACAAAUUCCUCCAGGCGAACCGUCAGCUGUUAUUAGCCGGGUCCGUGCUAAAUGAGCGUCUCUCCGCCCGGAUACACACUUUGUCGCUGAAGAUUAAAAGUGGAUUUUGAAGUUAACAGCGAUUUCACAGCUGAACUGGAUGACCAAGCUAACCUUAGCACUGUUCGACUCAAAGCUAGGCUAAGCUAACUCCGCCUCGUCCUCCUCGGCCCUGCUUUGCUUUGUUUUUGUUUGUUGUUUUUUUGUUUUUUUUACCCCCCACCUGAAAGAUGUCAUCGUGGCUGGGUGGACUGGGCUCCGGCCUGGGUCAGUCUCUGGGCCAGGUCGGCGGGAGCCUGUCCUCUUUCACCGGACAGAUAUCAAACUUCACCAAAGACAUGUUACUGGAAGGGGUGGAAGAAGUCGGAGACGCUGCCACAGAACUGCAGGUGUCCAAUUCCAAGUUGGCUGAAGUCGAGGCCUCGUUUUCAACGCAGAAAUCUGAGUAUGACAGAUUAAGAAAGCUCCACGCAGAGCUGGAGGAGAAGCUGGAGGCUUCGGAGAUCCAGAUUAAACGACAGUCUGCAGAGUACAGAUCUCUUCUGCAACAGAAAGAUGUUGAGAUCAGUCACCUGAAAGCUCGGCAGAGUGGACUCCAGGAAGAAGUCCACAAGCUGCAGCACUCGGCCCAGUCUGCCUCCAUCGGCGCCGCGGUGCUGCCCGUCACCACUACUUCCUCCACCACUACCUCCUCUUCUGCUUCGUCUUACCUGUCGCGGCCCUCGGGGGCCAAUCAGGGCUUCCACAGCGACGACAUGGACCUCAGCGACGUCAUCUGGUCGCAGCAGGAGAUCAACCGGCUGUCGACGGAGGUCAUGCGUCUGGAGGCGGAGGUGGCACAUUGGAGGAGAAUGUCUCAGGCAUCAACGGCGGCAGGAGCCGGUAACGGCGACCAGGGUGAGAUUCUCAAACUUCAAAGGACUAUUAAGGAGCUGCGAGAGGAGAUGAGUCGUGAGGUGGACGAACACCAGCACGAGCUGACGGCUCUGCAGGACGCCCAGCGGCAGAAGAUGGCCGACGUCACCCGGCGACACAGGGAGGAGCUGGCAGAGUACGAGGAGAGGAUAGAGGAGCUGGAGGAGCAGAUUCACAGCGGUGGUCAAAGCAGUUCCUCAUCAGACGCCUCCAAGCUGCCUGAACUCCAGAGAAGCGUACGGUCCCUGCAGGAGGAAGCGGAGCAGCGGGAGAAGCAGCUGGCCGAGCUGUCCGCCGGCCUGGAGGAGGCGCAGAGGAAGCAGGCCGAGCUGCAGGCGGAGAAGGAUGAAGCUCAGGAGGAAAACGCCGGGCUGCUGCAGAACUACAUGCGGCUGCAGGCGUCUGUCGCUGAGCUGCAGACGCGAGUACAAGAGCAGGAGGGGAAGGCCGUGCAGAAAGCCCAGCUAGACCACGAGAUCCAAGUGCUGAGACAAAACCUCACAGCUGCAGAGAAAGAAAUAGAGAGACUGAAAAACCUGGCUGAAGCAGAACCAAAGGAAGAAGUGGAGCAUGCAGACAUCUUAGAACUGAACACCAUUAUUGGAGCGUUGAGACAAGAAAAGGAGGUCCUAGAACAAGACAAGUUGAAUCUGCAAGAAAGACUUAAAGUGGCCGAGGAACAAACAGUCGAUUCUGGAGAGUCGGAGUUGGAGGAGGAUCUGAGGGUGGAGCUGGAGAGGAGAGAAAAGGCCCUGAGAGCCACUGAGGAGGAACGAGACACUCUGAUGUCUGAGCUGGAAGAACUGGACCGGCAGAACCAAGAGGCAACACAGCACAUGAUCUCGGUGAAGGAGCAGCUCUCUGGACAGCUGAGGGAAGCGGAGGCAGAGCUGACGAGACUGACUGCAGAGCUCAACGCAACCAACGACCAGAAAAGGAACCUGGAGCAAGAGGUGGAAACACAAAAGGAGAAAGCGAGCCAGAGCGCGUUCACCCUUAACGACCUUCACAUGGGCAAACAGCAGUUGGAACGCACGGCGAAGGAGCUGAAAGACAAACUGGGACAUGCACAGGAGCAGAGCAGGGAGGCGCGUCGAGAGAUCACAGAGCUGAAGAGGAGUUUGCAGGAGAAGGAGGAGCUGUUAUCUGCUGCUCCAACAGAGCUGGAUCAGGCUGGGGACAGAGGAACUGAAGCGCAGGGAACGAAAGCGGAGCUAGCAAGGAAGGAAAGGGAGUUGUCAGACCUCAGGAGAGAUCUGGAUGAGAUGAGGAGCUCUCAGGAGCAGGUGAUGUCCGCGGACUAUGAGAUGAAGAUAGAGAACAGGAGGUUGAAGGCGGAGAGCGAGGAGGCUCUGGGUAAAGUCGAGGAAGUGACCAAGCAGAUGAGGGACAGCCAGGCGGCUCUGAACAGAACGGUGAGGGAGAAGGAGACUCGCAUCGAAGCUCUGAAGCUGGAGAAGAACCAGCUGGACGGCGAACUGAGGCAGAGCGAGCGGACGCUGGCCGAACAGGCGAAACAGUUCCAGCAGACCAUCGAUGAGCUGACUCGAGCUCGCUCCAUGGACGCCUCCGCUUUACAGACGGAGCACGAAUGCACCAUCAAGCUCAACCAGGAGAAAGACAUGGAGAUCGCUCAGCUGAAGAGAGACAUGGAGCAGUUGGCGUCCGAUCACAGAGACACCAACGAGAUGCUUUCAAUCACAGUCGCAGGACAGAAGCAGCUGACGGAUCUGCUGCAGGAGAAGGACGUCUUCAUGGACACUUUAAAACAAAAUGCUGCCGAUCUACAGACGGAGAUGGAGAACAGCAUCUCAGUCGUGACCAAAGACGCAGAAGCUCUCAGGCAGGCACUAGAGGAGAAGGACAAGCAGCUGGGGGGCAUGAAGGAGGAGAACAGCCAUUUGAAAGAGGAGAUUGAUCGACUCAGAGAUCAGCAGAGCAGACCUCAACCUCUGGCUGAGCCCAGGACCCUGGACAUUAUCACGGAGCUGGAGACAGAGAUCACCCAGCUCAAGUCCUCCAGGAAUGUUCUGGAAGAAGAGGUCCAAACUCUGAGGAGAACCGUGGAGGAGCAGCAGGCCUCUCUCCUCCGGUCGCACGAGUCCCUCCAGGCUCAACAGAGCGAGCUCGAACAGGCUCACGCUCGCCAUCAGCAGACCACUCUCAACUACGACACGCUCAUCCACGCCAGAGAUGAGGAGAUAGCUCGCCUCCAGCAGACGAUGGAUCGGCUCAGUGUGAGCCAGGGCCGCGCUGACUCUCCGCAGGGCGAGGUCAUCCUGCAGGAGGACAAGACCCAGACUCUCAACCAGGAGAACGGCAACGAGAAACACGACCUGUCAAAGGUAGAGAUAGAAAAACUGGUGAGAGGCAUCAAGGAGAAAGAGACUGAGAUCAGCCAGCUGAACGAGAAGAACCUGUCAUUGACCAAACAGCUGGAUCAGCUGGUGGUGUCCCGCGAUGAAGUGGGUAAACUGUCCCAGGUGAUCCUGCAGAAGGAUCUGGAGAUCCAGGCACUUCACGCCAGAGUCUCCAUGGGCGGAGCUGGCGGACUCAGCCAGGACGUCCUGUUCCUGCAGCAGCAGAUGCAGGCGUACGCCGUGGAGAGAGAGCAAGUGCUAGCCGUGCUCAACGAGAAGACCAGAGAGAACAGCCAGCUUCGCUCCGACUACCACCGCCUCAUGGACAUCAUGGCGGGGAAGGAAGCGGCUCUGUUGAAGCUUCAGCAGGAGAAUCAGCGCCUCUCCAACAUGAGCGACCCCUCAGGAAGCCACGAGAUGUUCAAGGAGACCAUCCAGAACCUGUCGCGCAUCAUCAGGGAGAAGGACAUCGAGAUCGACGCGUUGACUCAGAAGUGCCAAACCCUGGUGACCGUCCUGCAGUCGUCAGGAGGAGAGCCCGGUUCUGGCUCCGGAGGCGUCAGCAGCAACCAGUUUGAGGAGCUGCUGCAGGAGAGGGACACGCUGAAGCAGCAGGUGAAGAAGAUGGAGGAGUGGAAGCAGCAGGUGAUCACAACAGUGAAGAACAUGCAGCACGAGUCGGCGCAGCUGCAGGAGGAGCUGAUCAAACUGCAGGGUCAGGUCUCUGCCGAUAGCGACUGCAGCUCCAAGCUGUCGGUGGACUACACUCGACUGAUCCAGAGCUACGAGCAGAAGGAGAGGAGGCUGGGAAGUCUGAGUCAGGAACUGGCACAUGUCCAGCAGACCAUCACCCAGCUCAGCUCCACCAAGGACGUCCUGCUGGGCAAACUGGACAGCGUGGCACAGACGCCGGAUGUUGUAAUUGCUCAGUCUGGCGAACCUCCUCUCGCAGCUGACGCUCCCAGCCGCCAGUCGGCUUCACCCGUAAACAACGAGAAGCUGCAGGAAGAAGUCGUACGACUGCGAGGACAGCUGGCCGAGAAGGAAAACACGGUCAGGACCCUCCAGGAGAACAACCACCGGCUCUCCAACUCGGCGUCCGCCUCAGAGAACGAGCAGAGGAGUCAGGCCGAGGAGGUCCGGCAGAUCAGAGAGAGGCUUGACGCCCAGCAGAGAUCGGUGAGGGAGAAAGACCUGCUCAUCAAAACCAAAGGAGACCAGCUCAUCCAGGUCAGCGAGGCGCUACGCAACCGCGAGAAUGACAACGAGGUGCUGAAGCAGGCCGUCACCAACCUGAAGGAGCGUGCUCUCAUCCUGGAAAUGGACGUGAAGAAGCUGAAGGAGGAGAACGAGCUCGUCGCCGCACGCUCCCGAGAAAAAGAGUCGGAGUUCAGAGCGCUGCAGGAAACCAACAUGCAGGUUUCCCUCCUCCUCAGGGAGAAGGAGUUCGAGCUGAGUGCAGUGAGUGAGAAGUCUGCGACUGUGGAGAGGAUGCUCAAGGACAAAGAGCAGGGGAAGUCUGGUGAGCUGAAUCAGCUCCUGAACGAACUGAAGUCCAUGCAGGAGAAAGCUGUGGCGUUCCAGCAGGAGAGGGAUCAGGUGAUGAUGGCGCUCAAGCAGAAACAAAUGGAGACCACCGCGGUGCAGACUGAGCUUCAGCACACGAGGGACAAAGAACAGCGUCUCAACUUGGAGCUGGAGCGGUUGCGCAAUCACCUCCUGGAGAUCGAGGACUCGUACACGAGAGAAGCUCUGGCCGCUGAAGACAGGGAGACCGAGCUACGAAGGAGGGUGGCGAUGCUGGACGAGAAACUGGCGACCUCCUCGAGCGCGGUGGAGAAAUCCAGCCAACAGGCGACCAUGCAGGUGGAGUCUCUGCAGGAGCAGCUGAGCGGAGCGGUGAAGCAGCGGGACGACCUGCUCGCACAACUCCGAACGUCCCAGGAGCAGGUCAGCCAGUACGCAGUGUCGCUCUCCAACCUGCAGAUGGUGCUAGAGCAGUUUCAACAAGAGGAGAAAGCCAUGUACUCGGCUGAGCUCGAGAAGCACAAGAGAGAGAAGGAGGAGUGGAGGAGAAAGGCUGUGAAGCUGGAGGACCAGGCGUCUGCCCUGCAGAUGAACCUCGACGAGGCCAACGCCGCUCUGGAUUCAGCGUCUCGCCUCACCGACCAGCUCGAUCUGAAGGAGGAGCAGAUUGAGGAGCUGAAAACACAAGUGGAUGUGAGGCAGGAGAUGUUGGAGGAGGCGCAGAGGAAGCUGAUGAACCUUCUGAACAGCACAGAGGGGAAAAUAGACAAAGUCCUGAUGCGUAACCUGUUCUUGGGAUACUUCCACACACCUAAAACCAAGCGCGCCGACGUGCUGAGGCUCAUGGGAAGUGUCCUGGGCCUGAGCCGAGAAGACGUCGAUAAGAUGUUGGAGGACGACGGGCGGCACGGUGUUACCGGGUGGAUGUCGACCUGGCUGGGAGGCCGAGGAGCGCAAAGUGUCCCAAACACUCCGCAGAGGCCGACCAGCGGCCAAGGGCUCAACUCGUCCUUCUCAGAGAUGUUUGUGAAGUUCCUGGAGAUGGAGUCGACCCCCUCCCUUCCCGCACCGAGGCUUCCAGUCCACGACAUUAAGCCUCUGAGCGCCCCGCCUCCCAGAAGAACCAGCAGCGCCGCUUCCAGCACCACCGCAGGAGCCGCAGCAGCCAGCAAGAGAGCCGGCGAGUCCAAUCCUUUCCUGGCCCCUCGCUCGGCGGCGGUGCCUCUGCUCGCCGGUUCCAGCUCCGGCGGCUCGGGAGGUCACCUGCUGAUGAAGCCCAUCUCUGACGCCCUGCCCUCCUUCACACCUGUGCCAGUCUCAGCCGAAGCCAGCGCUGGAGCCGUGCUCAAAGACUUGUUAAAGCAGUGAGCGGUGGCGUGCCAGUUAGACGUCUUAAUUCAUCCAACAUGAGUUUUACACUACACAGACUGAGAUAUUUGAGCAGGUCUGAGACUUAAUUGCUGCUCUUUUUUAAUUUCCUGCCAAAAUAAAUGGUCAGAUAAAUUAUAGAGGCUUAAUAUUCCCUCUUUUGGGAUUGAAACUUUAGGUUUUUUUUUUAAGAUUCAGCCGUACUUGCAAUUACUGUUCUAUGCAACAGAGUCUCCCUUUACGCAUCAGUAGAAGUGUUUCAUAUUCAGCAUUACUGUUAGGUGUUAAACCGCCAGUUGGAAAUGAUCAAUGAAAUGAUUCCAGGUGCAAAAAGGAGACGGACUGAGAACGUUUUCAAGAUGUGGCUCAGUCAGAGCGAGUAGAGAAGUAGAUCUUCAUAGAAACUGUCUUUCACAUUGUGAGCGACUUCUUCUCUUUAUUCAUCGCACCAGUUCUGAACACAAGUGACCUUGUAAAACUCGCUGUGUGCAGUUCAGUACGUGUGAGUGAAGUCCGAUCGUCGCCUCUGUUUGCGAGAGGAAACACCUCGUGUCCUUCACUUUUCAUCCUUUCUUUUUAUUUUCUUGUCUGUAUGAGUUUGUUUUUUUUUUUUAAUUCUUUUCAACAAUGCAGUGAACUGUUUCUGAUCCAGGACUUUCCUAAAAAACAACCUCUCUGGCAGCAGCUGCGUGGAGAUUUAUGUGGUUCAGUACAUCUGUUCAAACCAUAAGGACAUUUUUUUGCUAAAUCUUGUCUUCUCCAGACAGACAGACUGUGAUAUGCAACAAGCGUUGUAAUUAUGGCUGUAACUGCUGACUGUGGUUGAUCAGAGGCUGGACUGCUCCUAUGUUUAAGUACAGUACUAUUAUAUAGAUAUAUAUAAAUAUAUAUAUGUAAAUGGGUGGCGUUUUUUUUUUUUUUCUCCUAUUUAUAGGCACUGAGGAAGUUCUGGAAGUAAAGUGCCUGCAUUUUUUUGCUAAUUAGAUAAUUGUAUAAUCAGGAUUGUAAAUGGUUAAUAUAAAUAUAUAUAUUUACAAAAUGUAAAAACUGCACAUUUAAAACGUUUUACCUGAGCAGAGCUCGCGCAGCGGAGGUGGAGCCGCUCUGCAUUUUUGUAUAGACAUCAAUCAGCCGCCGCAGAAGGAAUGUUACAGGGUUUCUCCAGGUGUACUGACAACAUGUAUAGACUGUAAAUCCUCACUGUAAAAGAAGAGUUUUUUGUAGACGUCACAUCUGGAGGCGGAGGUGUCGAACAGGAGUUGGAUUACCUUGAACUUGGAUGAUCUUUGGCCGCGGUUAGUCCCCGUGACUUAAUUGGAAUUUCAAAUCAAAUAAAGGUACUGCUGACCCCCCC